AAUUAAUUCUGUGUCAUUUGUAAUCAACAACAACGGAUAAUGUUUUAUUGAUUUUCAAAUAAAAUCAUAUGAUUAGAUUGAUUUUGUAUUUUGGAUGUUUGUGCGUGUGUUUAGUUUUGUAUUACCCAGAAUCAACAACAGAAUAAUAAUAAUAAUUUGAAUCAUGGCCAACAAUAGUAUGUUACUCACACCAAAUAGUACAACAACAACAACAACAAAAACAACCAAUGAAAUGAUUGGUAAAAAACGUAAAACCGAAUUACCAAUAUUGAAUACAUAUUGGAUAAAUACUGGUAAACAAUUAUUUGCUAAUGAAAGAAGUGGUAAAAAACGUCGUUUUAAAAAUUCAUUCGAUGUUAUUCGUCAUACGUUACGAAGUUAUGGUAUAUUAGGUGUUUAUCGUGGUUUUAGUGUCGUAUUUUAUGGUGCCAUUCCAAAAUAUAUGUUCCGAUUUGGAUCAUAUGAACAAAUCAAACGUUUCUAUGUUGAUAAUGAUGGUCAAUUAAGAUCGAAAGAUAAAUUAAUCUGUGGUCUUGGUGCUGGAAUUUUUGAAGCAUUAUUUGCCGUUAUACCACAAGAAUCAAUUAAAGUAAAAUUUAUUAAUGAUCGUUUUAGUGAUCGACCUAAAUAUAAUGGAUUAAUACAUGGUAUUAAAGAGAUAAUUAGAGAAAAAGGAAUUCGUGGUACAUACCAAGGUGUAAUGCCAACAUUAAUCAAACAAGGUUCAAAUCAAGCAAUUAGAUUUUUUGUUUUUGAUUCAUUACAAGAAUGGCAUAAUAAUCGUCAACCAAUGGAUAAGGAUAAAAAUAAAAAAAUUCUUAUACCAAUUUUUGGUGCAAUUGCCGGUGCAACAUCAGUGUUCGGUAACACUCCAAUGGAUGUUGUAAAAACUAGAAUGCAAGGACUUGAAGCACAUAAAUAUCGUGGUGAUGAUGGUAGUAUUGGUGAUGGUGAUGGUGCCGAAGUACCUGAAGCUGCUUUUCGAUCAGUUACCGAUACAAUUGUUGAAGAUGAAUAUGGUGCCAAAGAUUAUACAAAUGAAUUAAUAUUAAAAGAUGAUUAUUCUGUUCGACCAUUAUGGGUAGCACCGGAUGGUAAUAUAUUUCUGGAAAAAUUUUCACCAUUAUAUAAACAAGCACAAGAUUUUCUUAUCACUAUUUCGGAACCGGUAUCAAGACCGGAAAAUAUUCAUCAAUAUAAAUUAACUGCUUAUUCAUUAUAUGCUGCUGUUUCGGUUGGUUUACAUACGGAUGAAAUCAUACAAUAUUUAAGUCGAUUAAGUAAAACAUCUAUUCCAGAAAGUAUUGUUGAAUUUAUUAAACUUUGUACAUUUAGCUAUGGAAAAGUUAAAUUAGUACUGAAACAUAAUCGUUAUUUUGUUGAAUCAACAUUUCCAGAUGUAAUACAGAAAUUAAUACGUGAUCCAAUUAUUGCUAAAUGUCGUAUACGAAAUGAUUCAACGAUAACAAAUAAUGAUGGUGAAAAUCUAAUCGAAGGUACAAUUACAAAUAAAGGUAAUUUUGCCGGUGAAAAUAAUAAAAAUGAUAAUGAUACGAAUGAUAAAAUUGAUACAUUGAAAAAUAAACCGGAAAAUAUACCGGAAGAAUUAUUUAAUUUUUAUGAAAAAAUGGAACGUGAUGAUGAAGAACCUGAAGAUAUACAAACAUUAUCAUUCGAAGUAAAUCAAGCUGAAAUUGAAACAAUACAAAAACGUUGUAUACAAUUAGAAUAUCCUUUGUUGGCUGAAUAUGAUUUUAAAAAUGAUACACAAAAUCGUGAUAUUAAUAUUGAUCUUAAACCGAAUGCCGUAUUACGUCCUUAUCAGGAAAAAUCAUUACGAAAAAUGUUUGGUAAUGGUCGUGCACGAUCAGGUGUUAUUGUAUUACCAUGUGGUGCCGGUAAAUCAUUAACCGGUGUUACAGCAGCAUGUACUAUACGUAAACGUUGUUUAGUAUUAUGUAAUUCAUCGGUUUCGGUUGAACAAUGGCGUGUACAAUUUAAAUUAUGGUCAACAGCCGAUGAUAGUAUGAUUUGUCGUUUUACAUCGGAUGCAAAAGAUAAACCAAUUGGUAGCGGUGUAAUGAUUACUACUUAUUCGAUGAUAACACAUGCACAAAAACGUUCAUGGGAAGCCGAACAAGUAAUGCGUUGGGUAAAAGAACAAGAAUGGGGUCUAAUGUUAUUGGAUGAAGUACAUACUAUACCGGCUCGUAUGUUUCGUCGUGUAUUGACUAUUGUUCAGGCACAUUGUAAACUUGGUCUGACAGCAACAUUAGUACGUGAAGAUGAUAAAAUUGCUGAUUUAAAUUUUUUAAUCGGUCCAAAAUUAUAUGAAGCAAAUUGGUUAGAAUUACAAUCAUCGGGUUAUAUUGCUCGGGUACAAUGUGCUGAAGUUUGGUGUCCAAUGCAUCCAGAAUUUUAUCGUGAAUAUUUAUCAGCAAAAUCAAUGAAAAAAAUGUUAUUCUAUGUAAUGAAUCCGCAUAAAUUUCGUGUCUGUCAAUUUCUAAUCAAAUAUCAUGAAAAACGUAAUGAUAAAAUUAUUGUAUUUUCGGAUAAUAUUUUUGCAUUAGUUAAUUAUGCUAAAAAACUUGGCCGUCCUUAUAUUUAUGGUCCAACAUCACAAGGUGAACGUUUACAAAUUUUACAGAAUUUUCAAUUUAAUCCAAAAUUGAAUACAAUAUUUGUAUCGAAAAUUGCUGAUACAUCAUUCGAUUUACCUGAAGCAAAUGUCCUAAUUCAAAUAUCAUCACAUGGUGGUUCCCGACGACAAGAAGCACAACGUUUAGGUAGAAUUUUACGUGCAAAAAAAGGUGCUGUUACUGAAGAAUAUAAUGCAUAUUUUUAUUCACUUGUAUCACAAGAUACAUUAGAAAUGCAAUAUUCACGUAAACGACAAAGAUUUUUAGUUAAUCAAGGUUAUAGUUAUAAAGUAAUAACAACUAUUAAAGGAAUUGAUGAUGAAGAAUUAUUUUAUACAAAUAAAGAUGAACAAAUGCAAUUAUUACAACAAGUAUUACAGGCAACCGAUUCGGAUGGUGAAUUGGAAAAAAUUUCAGUAAUGGAUUCAAAUGAUUCAACAAAACAAUCGUUUGUAACGAAAAAAUCUGGUAAUAUUAAUUCAUUAUCAGGUGCUGAUGAUAAUGUUUAUCUGGAAUUUAAAUCCAAAAAAUCUAAUGAUUAUAAACAUCCAUUAUUUAAAAAAUUUAGAAAAUGA